AUGGAAAGAAAUCACAGAGUCGUAGUAGGAAUCCGAGUAAAACCACCCAGCACUGUAGAUGCACAGUGCCCGCAUGCAGACGAAGUAUUCUCCCACCACACCAACAAGGAGAUAUACGAUAAGUUCAUUAAGGUGCACACCAGCAGAAUAUCGUUCUCUACUAUAUUCACAUACGGAAGAACAGGCAGUGGGAAAACAUACACGAUGUUUGGGGAUGAAAAUAUGCCUGGAAUUGCAGAACUAAUUCUAAUGGAGACUCUAAGCACGCAUGGUAUUCUGUCAGUCAAGUGCAUUGAGAUAUACAACGAGGUGGCAACUGAUCUAUUCACAGGCGAGCCAAUAAGAAUAGUGCAGGAAGCAAAUGCAACACGCAUUAUAAGUAAGACACAAGUAACAAUUAAAACAGAAGCAGAUGUCUCUGUGCUGCUGAAGACAAUCAUCAAGAAAAGAAAGACAUCAGAGACAGAGCACAAUGCAGCAAGCAGCAGAAGUCACACAGUAAUUGAGGUUAAUGCAAUAAAUCUGGCUCUAAAUCUAGUAGACCUAGCAGGAAACGAGAAGAUUGCAGAGGAUCUGGAGCGAAGGAAGGAGGGUCUUAUGAUAAACAAGAGUCUUCUCACUCUGGGCAAGGUAAUAGACCAGCUGCACACUGAAACCAUACAUGUUUCCUACAGAGAGUCAAAAUUAACCAGAAUACUGCAGAAUACACUAAGCUAUGGGACAAUAAUAUGCAUGUGCACAGUGAUAGAUCUCUCAGAUCAACUAACAAUUAAAUUUGCAGAGCGUUUGAAAAGAAUCAAAACAUCAGAAAGACCGAUUGUUAAAUCAAAAGAUGAGAUAAUCAAUGACUUAAACCAGAAAAUAGCAUAUUUAACUGAGCAGCUGCAUAAGAUGGCACAGGAACAGAAAGAUGCCAAUACAAUGGUAAGUGACAGUCCUGCAGUAAUUCAAGCAGAAAAUAUUCAAAAAGAAGAUCCAGUGCAAAGUGAGAAGACAGAGGUACUCCAUGCAACAGCAGAGGAUGUGAUUGAAGACAUGAGCAAAACAGGCAAGAAUGCGCAAUAUAGUAAUUUAUACGAAAUGAUAUAUAAAUACCUUAGGGUUGGUGCAGAGCAAGAGAUGGCAAAUACACUCACUCCGCAGGAAAUGGAUGCAGUGCACAUACGGGUAACAAAACAGAAAAAGGGCAUGCUAGAUGGAACUCCAUUUCGCAGUAUUUUUAAAAUGUCUAGAACUGAAAUGCGCUCUGCAAAGGACCCUACUAAAUCUUCUGAGAAAUAG